AUGGCAGGCUUAGAUGUGAAGAUUCCGUUGAUGAAAAUGCCUGACGGCUUUUCCAUACCUAUGCUUGGAUAUGGCACCGGCACAGCCUGGUACAAAAAAGAUGCCAGCUCUUCCAUGGAUAAGUCCCUCAUCGAAGCAACGACCAAAGCAGCGCAACUCGGUUACGUUCAUCUCGAUGGCGCCGAAAUAUACAACACCGAACCAGAACUUGGGGCAGCGAUCAAAGCCAGCAAGAUACCGCGGGACAAGCUCUUCGUCACCACCAAAGUUACAACGAACAUCAAAGACAUCCCUGCAGCAAUAGACGGAAGUCUUAAGAAAUUAGGAUUGGACUAUGUGGAUCUCUACCUCAUCCACGAACCAUUCUUUGCCCAGUCCGACGAGGAACUCCAACAGAAAUGGCGAGAUAUGGAAGGGGUGAAGAAGAGCGGAAAAGCCCGCUCCAUCGGCGUUUCGAAUUAUUACAAGCACCAUCUCGAAGCAACAUUGAAAACCGCAAUCGACCCUCCAGCAAUAAAUCAAAUCGAGUACCAUCCUUACCUCCAACACGGCGAUCUGAUAUCAUAUCACCUCCAGAAGAACAUCGCCAUCUCCGCCUACGGACCCCUAACCCCAGUAACCAAAGCCCAAGACGGCCCACUAACCGACUACCUAGACAGACUAGCCCACAAAUACGCCGUCAGUCCUGCCGAAAUCCUACUGAGGUGGUGCUUGGAUCAGGACAUUGUAGCCAUCACGACAACGAGCAAAGAGCAAAGAAUGAGCGACUACCUGCGAGCGCUGACAUUCAAGCUCACACCGAAGGAAGUGCGGGAGAUCUCGGACCUCGGCAAGACAUAUCAUUAUCGCGCAUUCUGGAAGAAGAAGUUCGCCGAGAACGAUCGGUCGUGA